GUGUGUCGUUUAAGUACCGGACAGAAAAGCCAUGUGAAACAUAAAGCAGGGGCCCCUGACGAGGGGCCGGGGGAAUCAGGGGCUCCUCUGAGAUCUAUUGGUUUCUGUGUGAUUAGAUCAACACAAACAUUUCACACGUUUAGUAUCUUCUGAGUGUCUACUGAUGAAGACCACGUGACACCAGCGAAAGCAGCUCAUUAAAGCACGUUGGAAACCCUCCUCAAUGUUCUUAUUAUUGUUUAAAUUCUCUUAACAUCCCGUUUGGAACGGUUCAUUUUGUUGCCAGGGGCAACCAGGGGGGCUGAAGUGGAUCCACGUCCAUUUCGUUUAUGGUUUUUGUGGUUUUAUUAUCAUUUGUGUAUAAUAUUCAUGGGUAAUUAUUUCUGGGCCAACGUUUGGUUAAAGUUUUAUUUCCCCUCGUCGUGUGGUGUGACAUCCUGAGUAAACGUCCCGUCCACGUCUCACCCUCUGAUUCCUGCUCGUCACUCUGACAGAGGAACAAUGACGCCGAGGCAUUUACAUAUAAAGCCAAUCGGCGUCUUGAGAAUGCCGACUAGUUGAGCUCCUCUUACUUGCUGAAGCGCUCCAGGAACCGGAGGUCUUGUCCCUGUACGGAGCUCGCUGAGCUUGUGAGGUGCUGUGAGGAUCCCACCGGAACCGGUCCACACUGAACCCUGGUGCCUGCCGGUCGCCAUGGCCACCAACGGCACCCCUGAGGGUUGCGGCCCGAACUUGGACUCCCUCUAUUACAACCUGUGUGACCUCGCCGCGGCGUGGGGCAUCGUGCUGGAGGCCUUGGCGGCGGCCGGCAUCGUCUUCUCGAUCGUGCUCUUCGUCUCGCUGCUGGCCAGCGUGCCCUUCGCGCUGGACAAGAACCGCAAGAGCUCGGUGGCGCUCAACGCCUGCUUCCUGGUCUGCACCGCCGGACUCUUCUGCCUGACCUUUGCCUUCAUCGUGGGAAAGGACUUCUCCACGUGCGCCUCGCGCAGGUUCCUCUUCGGCGUGCUGUUCGCCGGCUGCUUCGCCUGCCUGCUGAUGCAGAGCGUGAGGCUGAACGUCCUCGCCCGCCGGGGCGUCGGGCCCCGAGCUUGGGUCCUGUGCCUGGCGGCGGGGGGCCUGUGGCUGGUGGAGGUGAUCAUCAACACCGAGUGGCUGAUCAUCACGGUGGUGCGCCACCCGUGGGGGCCGCUCAACGCCACGGCCGUGACCGGCGGGGCCGCGGCGACGCCUUGCAACGUGGCCAACCAGGACUUUGCCAUGGCGCUGAUCUACGUGAUGGCUUUGAUCCUGGCCGCGCUGGCGGGGAGUCUCGCCAUCAUGGCGGGCAAACACCGACAGUGGAAGAAGGACGGCGCCUUCGUCCUCCUGGCCAGCCUGGUCUCCGCGGGCAUCUGGGUGGCAUGGAUCGCCAUGUACGUCUACGGCAACGAGAGGAGAGGGUGGCCCACCUGGGACGACCCCACCCUGGCCAUCGCUCUGGUGGCCAACGCGUGGGCCUUCCUCCUCCUCUACACCAUCCCCGACCUGUGCGUCGUGACCAGCGACGACGAGAGCCAGCAGAGCUUCGGGGACGACCUGUACCCGAGCCGAGGAGUCGGCUACGAGACCAUCCUGAAGGAGCAGAGCUCCCAGAACGUCUUCGUGGAGAACAAGGCCUUCUCCAUGGACGAGCCCAAACAAGCGUCCAAGCCCGUGUCCCCGUACAGCGGCUACACGGGUCAGCUGCGUGGCUCCGUGUACCAGCCCACGGAGCUGGCCCUCAUCAGCAAGGCGGCGGGAAACCACCCCGUCCCGGAGGUCUCCUACGACAUCACCAUCCCCAGGGCCUCCACCCACUCGGCCGCCGGCAGCGGCAGCAGCACGCCGUCCACGCAGGCCGAGUCCACGCACACUCACACCAACGGAAAAAGCGUGGACGCUCCCCACAGGACGUCCCAGUGGUGAACUCCCCGUCACACUCACCUGUCCCUCCAUCAUUCCCCGCUGUUACUCCACGCUUCUCUAGCGUCUAAAUACUCGGCCCC